ACGACAUCCAGUCUUCCCUUCCCCUCCUCAAAGAUGGCGUCAACCGUGGUCCUCGCUACGCCCACGGCCAGCCCGACCGUUUUCCCUACCGCAGGAAUCGGCGGCGAAUACUACACCAACCCCCUCUUCGAGGUCCCCGUCUACACCGGCUACGCCCGAAGUGCCAUCACCUGGCAGAUGCUCGAUGCCUGGAACAUCGUCGGUCUCCAGUACGCCGUCGCCGAGGGCAUCGCCUGCGGCCUCAUCUGGGCCACCUUCAUCUACCUCCUCGCGUUGACCCCUUCACGCAAACGUUCCACGCGUUUCCACAUCAUCCUCUUCACCGGCCUCUGCUUCGAAACGACCCAUCUCACCAUGGACGCCAUCUCGCUCGUCACGCCCGGUCUCUCCGCGAACUCGGCGUACCUCGUCCUCACGCGCGACAUGGCCUCCAGCGUCUGGACGACCUCGUACAAGGCUUUCUACACUUCCACUCAGGCACUGAACUGGGUCGCCUUCAUCUGCGCCACGACUUGUCUCUGGAUCCAAGCUCAGGGCCUCCUGACCACGCUCAAAGUUCGCUCCUCGAUCGCCUACGUCGUCGUCCUCGUCUACCUCGUCUCGGCCGCGCUCGCCACCUUGAUCGCUUCGCUGGUCUACUGGAUCUACCAGAUCAAGGUCAUACCGGACAACAUCGACUGGGACAUGGCACUGUACGCUAGGAAAUUGAGAAACAUUUACCUGUUGCUCUACGCCAUCAGCAUCGGCAGCUUUUCCCUCGUCAACCUCUUCUCGGUCCUUGAAAUCAUGUGGCGUCGACCCUUUUCCAUCAUCAAAUCAGAGAGCGUCUACCAUUCGGCGUUGAAUCUUUUGGGUCUCUUGGGAAUUCAAUCUUGCCUCGUACCACUCAUCUUUUGCAUCAUGCAAAUCGUCUACACCGGCAACGAAUGGGUUCUUCCCGCCCUCUUGUUGCCUUCGGUCUACCUCAUCCUCCCGCUCGGCACGCUCUUCGUGACCAUCAACGCCACCAACACCACCACCACCACCACCACCGACGACAACGAGACGAGAAAGGGGGACGGGGAAGGUGUGGCGACGUCGCCGCGCAAGUUGGCCGCCGACAUGAUGAGUCCUCUCAAGAAGAGGCACGUGCAACGCGACGGCGCUUCUUCUUCUCCGUCCCCCUCCGCCGUCAUCAUGCCCGACGACAGUACUGUCGUCGAGGCACCGUCCGUGGUCAUCGACUGGGCCGACCAGGACAACAACAAGGUCGACGGCAAGGCAAAGACCCUCGAGGUCUAA